UGCAGGCUCCAGGAAGCAUUUCGUGAAUUCAGUUUGACAUGUUGGAAGUUGAACGCAGAGGACCCACAACAAAACUGCUUAGAGAUCAGGGAUUAUUUCGCUUGAUACCCGGACCGGUGGAGGACUAAUCUACGGUUUUUGAGCGCGCACUGUGCCCGGUUGUUGGUCAUGUUUUAAAGUUGGCAGGUGGCUGUUUGUGCAGUGCUAAAGGACGAGCACUCAUGCUAACGCUGCCCCGGUGUCACUGCUGUUGAGUCACACAGAGUUGGCUUGUUUAGUUCGUCACACAUACACACAGAGACGAGUGUGUUUUUGGUUGUGGUUGUCAGCUGCGGUUUGUUAUGUAAGGAUAUUCUUUUUAAAGAAAGAAGAUAUUUUACUUUCUCUUUAACCAGCAAGGAGAGCUUAUUGGCUUGGACAUCGGUGAUCUUAACUUUAUCUGGACUGAAAUGAUUAUAGACUGCGGUUGACUGAGGAACAGCAGCUCUCAUAACAAUGCCUUCAGAUGAAUGGAGUGAACACUAACUGUGAAGCUCAUUGCCUGCUGGGAUUUACUCUGACUGAAUAAUCCCAGCGCACUCUUUCCUUCCUAUAAUGUUGGAAGGACUUGUUGCCUGGGUGCUCAACACAUAUCUAGGCAAAUAUGUGAGCAAUCUUAACACUGACCAGCUCUCCAUUGCUCUUCUCAAAGGGGCAGUAGAGUUGGAGAACCUUCCACUAAGAAAAGAUGCACUACGAGGAUUUGAUCUGCCUUUUGAGGUCAAAGCAGGUGUCAUUGGAAAGAUCACCCUGCAGAUCCCCUUUUAUCGACCACACAGUGAUCCAUGGGUCAUCUGCAUGUCCCAGCUGAACCUGAUUAUCGGCCCGGCCCUCCCACAGGAAUAUGAUGAGGUGCAAGAAAGAGAAGCUGAGAGAGAGCAGAAGAAACAGCUGCUCAAGGCACUAGAGGACAAGUGGAAGAGUGAAUGUGAGCAGAAGGGUGAAUCCUACUGGUACUCCGUCACAGCAUCUGUUGUGACUCGAAUCGUUGAAAAUAUUGAGUUGAAAAUUCAAGGUGUCCACUUACGAUUUGAAGAUGAUUUCUCCAACCCUGAGAAACCCUAUGCCUUCGGUGUUUGUAUCAAGAAUGUAUCCGCACAGAACUGCUCCAAAGAACCAGCACAAAAGCUUAUCCGGCAGAAGGAGCUGGAAAUCAGUGAAUUCAGUGUUUACUGGGACACAGAGUGCACCAUGCUUGGAGAUCUUCCCUCAUCAGAAAUACAGGAGCGGAUGAGUAAAUGUAUGCAGAGCCGCGAACAUCAGUAUAUAUUUGAGCCAGUAUGUGCCUCUGUGCUGGUGAGGAGGAAUGCCUCCAAAGAACCACUACGAUCUCGUAACACACCUCGCAUUGAGGGCCAAGUGCAGCUGGAACCCCUCUCUCUGCGUCUGUCACAGGUUCAGUAUCAGCAGAUCAUGGCAUUCCUCAAAGAACUGGACCGACGGGAAAAGGAGAUGCUUUUUCGAAAGUGGAGACCUAAACUUACUAUUUCUGGAAACUGUCGACAGUGGUGGAUGUUUGCCAUUAAUGCUAACCUGCAUGAGAUCAGAAAGCAGCGCCGACAUGGAAGCUGGGAUUUUGCUCUACACAGGGCGCGUGAUGCUAAACUCUACACUAGCUUGUAUGUCCAGAGGCUUAAAGGAGUUACUUUGAGUCCACAGGAGGAGAGUGAGAUGGAGAGGAUUGAAGAUGAACAGACAUUGGAGGAGUUGCAGAUUCUCCGGGAGACAGUUUAUGUCUCCUUCCGGAAGCAUGAGGAAAUUGCUGAGAGUCUACGGGAACCUCUAAUAAAUGAGUCCCCAGCCACUUCUCCCUCAGGCUCCAUACCUAAAAGUGGGAGUUCUGGAAUGAUUCAGUAUCUACAGUCUUGGUUCCCAGGCUGGGGUGGUUGGUAUGGGGGGACUGAAAGAGGGCCAGAUGGACAGCCGGUUUCGGAUGAGCUUUUACCAGGCACUGCACAGUGGGAAAUUCUUGCUGAGACAGAUGAUCUCUUUGACCCUUUGGAGGAUUCACAAACACUGAAUACCUUUACAAGAAGGGAUCAUCUCUUUGCACGGCUGGACUUUAAGCUUGAGAAAGCAGCUGUCACACUGUACCAUGAAAACAAAAAUAAACCUCUUUUGAGCGAGAGUGGGGUCAUUCAGCUGGAAUUUUCAGGUGUGAAGAUUGAAGUUGAGUCUCUACCUCGUUCUGAGUCAUCCUUGCUCACAGUAAAACUUGGUGGGCUGUUUCUUCGUGAUCUCACUACCCAGGGCUCAAUUUUUCCUGUCCUAGUUUCUCCAAAACCGGACAAGGUUGUUGUUGCGAUCAAUCAACCGUUUGGCCAGACUAACAGCACAGAAUAUAGCAAUCCGGCUUCAGAUGUGGAAUCAUCAGCGCCUCCCGUCUUUGAGAUGAUUUAUGAACGUAAUCCAAUAAGGAGCAAAUUUGAGAGGAGACUAGAGGUCAAUACCAGUCCUCUUAAUAUCAUUUAUAACCCUCAGGCUAUCAAGAAAGUGGCAGAGUUUUUCUACAAAGGAAGGGUCCACACUUCGGGGUUUGGAUAUCAGUCUGAGUUAGAGCUGAGAGUGGCUGAAGCAGCCAGGAGGCAAUAUAACAAGCUGAAGAUGCAAACCAAGGCAGAAAUCAGACAAACCAUUGAUCAGCUGCUUGUUGGAGAGUUCAUUGAGAACAGUAAACAUUGGACUAUGAAAUUGGAUAUUUGUGCCCCUCAAGUCAUCUUCCCGGAUGAUUUUCAGUCUGAAGACCCCAUGCUAGUUGUUGUAGACCUUGGGCGUAUUCUUCUUACUAAUUCUCAAGAAGAUCAUAAAACAAAUCUUAAGACCUCUCAGACAGAAGGAGAAAGUGAUGAAGAAUUCCAGACCCCACUAGCAACACCACCUGCGUCUCCACCUCCAGAACAAGAGGUGGAUGUCAAAGGUCAGGAGAAGCCCCGUGAUUUCAGCAGCGUUAAAUCAUCAGAAGGUGCCCAAAUUAUCAGUAGGAACCUGUAUGAAAAGUACUCCUUAUCUUUCAAUGACCUUCAGAUUAUGGUUGGUCAUUAUAAAGACAAUUGGAAGCAUCUUCAGGAGAGCGAUGUGGGGCCCACACAUGUGGUAGAGAAAUUCAAUGUCCUACUACAGCUAGAGCAACGAUUGCGAUACACCUCAGACCCUCAGUUUCCAGGGGCUGUUCUCUCAGGAACACUACCAGACCUCAAAGUGCACAUCAACCUGGAGAAGAUGACUGCACUGAGAAGUUGCCUGGCUAGACUUGGUAAUUCAGGGGCAGAUGAAGGUGACAAUAAUGGGGAAAAUCUCAAAUCUCCUGACCCUCUUACACUUCGCCAUGAGAAGAUCUUUCAGAGGGAAGAUAGUGAUUGGAAGCUUCAGGGUUCUGACAAAAAUCUUACCAAGAGUGUGAUGACACUUGAGCAGCAUACUCGAGAGGUGCUUGUGGAAUCUAAACUUCUUCUGGUAGAGUUUAAUAUCAAUUACAUGCAGCUUGGCAUUGAAAGUGGUGGACGAUAUAUUUCUGUUCUGAAAGUGUUUGGAACAAAUGCACAUUUUGUGAAGCGGCCUUAUGACGCAAUGGUUUCCCUCACAGUUCAUGGCCUCUAUCUUGUGGACACAUUGCAAACGUAUGGUUCAGACUUUGAUCUUCUUGUUGCAUCUCAUAAACAUUUAAGUUUUGAUGUUCCUACUGGAAGUCUACGAGAGAGCCAGCCUACAUCCCCUGUUUCACCAGACAAUAAAUCUCCAGAACUACCAGGUUUGCACAGGAACUCUUCAGAUCUUGCUUUUGACAAAGCAUCUCCACGGGGCUCUCCACUAAGAGACCAGGAGGCUCUCAUUAAGUUGGAAUACCAAUUUAUCAGCUCAGACUGCCCCUCUAUGAAUUUGGACAGUUCACUUCAAGUCACCUCCAUGCAGGUCAACAACCUGGAUAUCAUCCUUAACCCUGAAACCAUGGUAGAGCUUCUAAAAUUCCUUCAGCAGUCUUUCCCUAAAGAAGAAAGCUCUCCAACACAACAGAUAGCACCUCUGCCUAAUGGAGAAGAAAAUGAGGAGAAUUAUCAAUCCACUUAUGUCCAGAACAAAGAACUGACUGUUGAAAUUCACAGGUUAAACUUACUUCUUCUAAGAACUGUUACAACUGGUACUGUUUUGGGAGGUGAGAAGAAAGGCAUGAAAAUUGCUACGGCCAGUAUAAAUGGGACAAAAGUCAAUGUGUCAAUGGGAAGUCGGUUGGAUGUCAAUGGUUCUCUAGGAUGCAUUCAGCUUGUGGACUUGACUCAGGAAGGUGGCAGAAGUCAGUUUGUGGUCAGUAUUGGAAGUGCAGAGGACAGCACCGCUACAGAUGGUGUGGCAUUCUUUCCUAUUGCUGGCAUGACUCCUUCCGAAGCUUUAAGUUUCCGCUUUAUGGAAAAAUCUCAAGGAGAAUGCUCCCUUCAACUUCAGAUGGCAUCUUUACACUAUAACCACUCAGCAAAGUUCCUGAAAGAGCUCAGUUUAUCAGCAAAUGAAGUAGAGGAUAACUUCAGGUUUAUGCUGAAGACUGCUGCUACAAAGGUCUCUACUGUAUUGGUGACGAAAACAGCAGAGUACAGUGGAAUGGUGUCUCUCUUUGACAACCCAUCCAGAAGAUCUAGGAGGCAGAGUCAAUGCAACUGGACACUUGACCCAUUCGAGGAAGAUGAUUUCUGUGACCCUGAAAAAGAACCAGCCUUAGAUUCUUUUCUGGUCAAGCUGACUCUAGAUGUUAGUAUAGAGUCCCCAGUUGUGUCAAUUCCUAGAAAGCCUGGUCACCCUGAGCUGCUAGUUGGACAUUUAGGGAGCAUACAAAUUCAGAACUUUGUUACAGGGCAAGACUCAGAAAGGGAGAAACUACAAGUUGAAGUAAAAGAUAUAAGACUUUAUUCAGUGAACACAAGCAACUUGUUUUUAAAGAAAGGAGCAAGACUCAACAGCAGCACCACUUCCGGACCCUCACCUUCUCAUGGUGGCAACAUUAGUUUGAAUGAGCCACAGUUUACACGACAUGACUUCUUUGAGUACAUUAGCAGAGGAAAAGCAUUUCACAUUUUAAAAGAUGCUACAAUCCAGCUCACUGUCGAGAAAGUCCCUGUUGACGAAAACUCUACCUUUACCUUUUUGUCUUGUGAUGAACCUUACCAGAGCACAGGGAUAUUAAGAGUAGAAGGCAAAUUUGUUAACGCUGUUCAGGUAUGUCUCUGCAAGCCUGUGUAUGAACAGGUCCUUCAGACUCUCGAUAAUCUCUCCUUCACUGAAGAUCAACGAGUAACCCCAAGUCAACCACCUACCCCACCACCUCCCACACCCUCCUCCACUAAACCACACAGAUUCCCUGAUCAUCAAGGUGGGCUCUUUGCCCGAGACCCUCCUCAUGGUGGAGUGUCUUAUUCUACACUGUCAUCAUCUCUUUCAGCAACACUUCCACUGCAUAAUGAGAGCCCUCCUCUCCAGCCUCCUUCUUUUACCCAAGUGAGGGCCACCUUUCGAGUCUCUGAGCUGCAAGUGCAGUUAAGUGGAGACCUCAGCCAAGGAUCUCAAGGGUUGGUUAGUCUACGGUUUCAAGACCUGGAAGGGGACUUCACCAAAGAUCAUCCUCAUUCAAUCUCCAUCCAACUAGCCCUUCACUCCUUGUUAAUGGAAGACUUGCUAGAGCCAAACCCUGAAUCAAAAUACAAACACCUCAUGGUGUCCAGAGGUGCUCCAAAGCCUUCCACCUUUAGUCCAAAGGAAUACCUGUCACAGUCUUGUCCGACAGCAUCCAAUGUUCUGUACACUGAAAUGCCCCGUUCUCUUCCAGCUCAAUUCGAAGAGGCACAGAAUGUUUUCCAGUUUUAUCAGAGGCAUCCCAGCACGCCAUCUGCAUCCAGUCGUAAGAGCAAGAAGGAUGCAGAGUGUCCCAGCACACCACCUCCAUCCCCAUCCCGCCAAACUCCAUCUCCACAUCCACGGCCAGACUUUGACGACUCUUUGGUACAUAUCAAUGUCUUAAUGGUUGAUAGGCGGCACCCUGAGUUUAAGACACGGUAUGGCAGCAUCGGUCGUAGUGUGGACGUGGACUUCAACUGCCUUGAUAUUCUCAUAACUCUGCAAACCUGGGUCAUGAUUCUUGACUUCUUUGGCAUUGGCUCUACUGCUAAUAAUCAUGCAGUCAAAGUGCCUACAACCACACUACAGCCUAUGCAUGAACACUCGCCAGAAAAUAGUACACUCAAUGAUUUGAGUGAUUUGUAUCCAGAGAUUGAGGAAGGGGUUAAUACAAAGCUAGACUUAAAGGUUCAUUCUUUAUCUCUGGUGUUGAGGAAGAAAACCAAUGAGCUUGCCAAAGCUAGCGUCUCUAAACUGUUUACACAUAUGGAAAUGAUUGAUGGAGAUUUGGCAUUGCAAGGGAGUCUGGGAAGUUUAUCUCUGAGUGAUUUGACCCCCCAUGGGGAUCUAUAUAGAGAACGUUUUACAACACGGGGUGGAGAGGCUCUCGUCUAUAACAUUUACAAGUAUGGAGAAACUGACUUCUUCUUGCAGCGAGAAUAUGAUAUGAAGGUGUCUCUACAGAUGGCCUCAGUACAGUAUGUCCAUACGCAGCGCUUCCAGGCUGAGGUAGUGGCCUUUAUCCAACACUUCACCCAGCUACAGGAUGUCCUGGGCAGGCAGAGAGCAGCCGUUGAGGGUCAGGCGGUGCGUGAGAGGCCACAGCGAGCUGCUCGUGUGCUGCUGGACAUAGAGGCAGGUGCUCCUGUCCUCUUGAUCCCAGAAAGCUCCCGCUCGAAACGCCUCAUAGUGGCCAACCUGGGCCAACUCAGAGUGCGUAACUGCUUUCUGCCAGCUGGCGCUCGUGGCACCUUCUCUCUCAGAGAUAAGGAUCGAGUGAAGGAUGUCCAUUUCACUUCUGAUGCUGGGAAGACUAGUCAAAAAAGGCCUACAAGUUUCAGCACAUCUUCUGGAUUUAUGCUGGGCAAACCUCAGCCCAGUCUCGGAUGCAUACCAGAAGGAGAUGUUCUAGGUCUAGAAGACCAUGUGUGUCUGCUGGACUGUAUAGCACUUGACCUUCAAGAGAUGGACAUUUUUGCUGCAGAGCGGUUGCCCUGUGAGCCCUGGGACAGUGCUGGAAAGCAUCUAGAAACAGAUUUGGUAUUCCCAUCCUACUCAGUGCGUAGAAGUGGGGAGAGCCUGUUAAAGGAGCGCUGCCAUCUGAAGCUGAAAGUGGAGCGCAACCUGGACAAGGAAUUAAGUCAUGCUGUCCCAGACAUGUCCAUUCACGGCAGCCUGUCUUCUGUCCACUGCUCGUUGGACCUGAAGAGGUAUCAGAUGAUCCGUGGACUCUUGGAGCACAAUCUGGGAGAGCCUGUGGAGGAGUUUCUCAGACCUUAUAAUCUUCAGGACCCCAGCUCAUAUACCGUUUUGAGUGGUGAUGUGUUCACAUCCCUGUCUCUUCUGGUGGACAUGAAGGACGUCAGUCUCGAGUUACUGGACAACCAUAAAUCCACAGGUCAUAACUGCUCCUUGGCAAGGUUUGACUUUAUGAAAUCAAAGCUCCUGUUUGAGAGUUUCUCUAAUGGUUCAAAGUCUGUGAACCUGGUCUCCCAUUCACUCCUGGCCCACGACACUCGACUAACUGGCAGCAGUGCCCCUACAGAAGGGAAGCACAAUGUGUUUGAUUGCAUUCUGCAGCCAUCCAGGACUGGCACCAACCGAGCCUCGCUGCAGCUAGAGCUACAUUACAGAUCAACACGGGACUCUUCAUGCUUCACAGUGGUUUUAAACAAUCUGCGAGUGUUCCUCAUUUUUGAUUGGCUACAGCUGGUCCAGGACUUUCUGCACAUGCCUGUGGAAAAAGGUACAGCGCCAACACACCAGCGCUGGCCAAGUGGCAGCAGUGACCAAGGUUGCACAGGAGCCGUCAUGCCCAAAACUGUCAAGAGUGGCGUGGUCACCAAGCGAUCCACUGUGCCGGUCACUCAAGAUAAACAGCUGGAGGUCAAAAUCAAUGUGACGGGGACAGAGUUUGUGGUGGUUGAAGAUUCUUCCUGUUUAGACACCAACGCUAUCAUUCUGAAAGGCACCACUGUGCUCACAUACAAGCCUCGACUUCUUGACAGGCCUUUCUCUGGCAGCUUAGCAGGCAUUGAGGUUUUCUCCUGUCGAUUGGGGAGCGAGCAGGAAACCGCUUUGUCUAUCAUCGAUCCUGUCAAUGUCCAAAUGGAGCUCUGUGGAAGCCCAACGUACCAAAGCAGUUCAGGCCUCCUUGAUGCCUUCAACAUAGAGGACUUUCCACCUCUCUUGGAGAUCCAAUUUCCUGCUCUAGACAUCCGUCUUUCCUACAAUGAUGUGCAGCUAUUCUUGGCAAUAGCUAAGUCCAUUCCCACUGCAGCAUCCGCCAACCCUUCAGACACUGCCGUAGACGCGGAGAGUUCAGCAUCCACUGCCAGUACUGACACUCCAUCCAAAACAAAGGAUAGCUUCCGGCAAAAGACAGAGGCUUUACUGGAAGGUCAGCUUACUCGAUUGCAGGACCUUGGGUUCAGGAAGGAAGACUGCAGACGGGCACUUAUUCACUGUAGAGGUCAGUUGGAUCAGGCUGCCACAUGGUUAUGGGAGAAUGCAGAGAGCAUGUCGGGCAGAAGCCGAACCAACUCAGGCUCCAGCAGCCACUCUGCUCCUCCUCUGUCUGGAGUAGAAGUGAAGGCCGAGAAUGUGUGUAUCUGUUUUAUCGAUGACUGUCUGGACUGUGACGUCCCUCUGGCAGAGAUCACCUUCUCACGUCUUUAUGUUCUCCAGAGGAUUGGCUCUAUGCAGGAAGGCAAGGCUAGUUUCACAUUGUCUGGAGAUUAUUACAACAGGGAACUCUCAGGCUGGGAGCCAUUCAUCGAGCCUUGGCCGUGUUUCCUGGAUUGGCAGCGACAGGCGGCAGGCCGGCUCCAUCCUCCGCGCCUGAAGAUCGGUGUUCGAGCCAAGCAGAGGCUGGAUGUCAACAUCACCUCUGUCUUACUCGAGCAGUACAGCACCACCAAGACUUCGUGGUUAGCAGAUUACUGUAAGGAAGACGAGCAGUCGCCACAGCCCUCUGCCGCUCUAUCUUGGAUGGGCUCUUCAGUGGAUCCUCCUUCCUUUGGCCAAAGUCUUCCUCUUGCCUACCUUAGAACUAGAAGCUCUACCAGCUUGACUUGUCUCGAGCAGCAGAUUCAUGCCCGAGCGGAUAUGAAGCUAUCUAAGAGGAGGCAGCCGUUUGUGCCCUAUGCUUUACGCAAUCAUACCGGCUGCACCAUGUGGUUUGCUACUCUCACUACCACACCAACCAGAGUGGCGCUGUCCCACAGCAGUAGUGCUGACUCUAUAUCUGAAGUUCAUGGGCCUGGGACAGAUGAUACACACAACAUCAGCCAAUGGAGAGAGGUGCUGCCAGGAGAGGAGAUCCCGUUUGAGUUUGAGGCCCGUGAGAAACUUCGGCACAGACACACCCAUGAGCUGAAGCUCCACCAACUGCUAGUACGUGUUGUGGGCUGGGAGCAGGUAAAGCCUGUGUCUGUUGACAAAGUUGGGGUUUUCUUCCGCUACGCUGCCCCAGAUCGAAACAACCCCUCGAGCACAGUUGGCAGUCCAAUUAGCAGAACCAACAUCAUACACCCGCAUGUAUAUUUCUCAGCUUUGCCGCCUGUUCGAGUAGUUUUCUCCAUCACUAUGGAGGGCAGCGCUCGUAAGGUCAUUACAGUGCAGUCUGCGCUCACAGUGAAGAAUCGCCUUGAGGUUCCCAUGGAAGUGCGACUAGACAGCCCUUCGGCUCCAGACAAGCCCGUAGUCCUGCCACCAAUCCUGCCUGGAGAAGCUUUAGCCAUCCCUCUCCAUCUAACAUCUUGGAGGCUUCAGGCGAGACCUAAAGGCUUGGGGCUAUUCUUCUGUAAGGUGCCAAUCCAUUGGACAAGCGUGGAGCGACCUGGGGAGGUCAGCAGCAGCAAAAGAGAAUGUCAGUCAGCAGAUUUUGAUGAACAACUCAAACGCAGCUUCAGGUUCUGUGUUGUCAUUAAGAAAGAGAACUACCCUGAACAGCAGCCUGCUAAAACUGUGGCGGGAGGUGGCACUAAGCAGAUCUACCGCCAGCCAGGUCACACCAUCUUUCUGCUGCCCACCCUAGUGCUGGCCAAUCUUCUUCCUUGUGACCUCAACUACUAUAUCAAAGGCACUUCAAUCAAAGGAACCAUGAAGCCAGGAAAAGAGGCAGUGCUGCAUGCAGCGGACACGUCACAGAAUAUAGAAAUUGGUGUGCUAUUAGAGAACUUUCCUGUGUGUAAAGAGCUGCUUAUUCCUCCCGGUACACAAAACUAUGUGGUGCGCAUGCGGCUCUAUGAUGUCAACAAACGCCUGCUCUGUCUCACCAUCCGGAUUAUUCUCAGAGCCCAAGGAGCAUUAAAAAUCCUCAUCUCUGCUCCCUACUGGCUUGCCAACAAAACUGGGCUGCCUCUGAUUUUCCGUCAGGACAAUGGAAAAACGGAUGCCGCUGGACAGUUUGAAGAGCACGAGUUAGCCAGGAGUUUGAGCCCAUUGCUCUUCUGCUACACUGACAAAGAGCAGCCCAAUAUGUGCACCAUGCGGAUCGGGAAAGGAAUCCACCCAGAUGGUGUUCCAGGAUGGUGUCAGGGUUUCUCUCUGGAUGGAGGGAGUGGAGUGAGAGCAGUCAAAGUCAUCCAGCAUGGCAACAGACCUGGACUUAUCUAUAAUAUUGGAAUAAAUGUGCGAAAAGGGAAAGGGCGCUAUCGUGACACACAUAUUGUGACUUUUGCUCCACGAUACCUGCUUGACAAUCGAUCAUCUCACAAGCUAGCCUUUUCUCAGAGGGAAUUUGCCAGAGGAAAGGGCACUGCAAAUCCAGAAGGAUACAUCUCCACCCUGCCAGGCUCCAGUGUGGUGUUCCACUGGCCUAGAAAUGACUACGAUCAGCUUCUCUGUGUUAGACUCAUGGAUGUUCCCAACUGCACCUGGUCUGGAGGUUUUGAGGUCAACAAGCCUAAAUCUUUUCACAUCAACAUGAGAGACACGUUGGGGAACUGCUUCUUCCUGCGUGCUGAGAUUGCUUUGAAAGGGGCAACGCAUCAAAUCUCAUUCAGUGAUACUGACCAGCUGCCCCCACCCUUCCGUAUAGAUAACAUCUCUGAGGUGCCUAUCCAGUUCUGGCAACAUGGAGUUGCUGAUAUCAGGCUACACACAGAGGUCAAACCUGGUGCAGAUCUGGACUAUGCCUGUGAUGAGCCGAUUCUUGAGCCCUAUCUCACAGUCACUGUGAAAGGAGCUGGAUCCUCCGAGGUGACCGCUGACAUGAACUUCUUCAGAGAAUACAACAAACUCUACUAUGAGAACUUCAUCUACAUUGCUGCUUCAUUCACAUUCUCAGAAGAUGGAGGAAAGAGGCCAGUGGGGAAAAAUCGGGCAGUUAGCUGUGCUGAACUGGUGCUGGAUGUGGAGACUAAAACGCAGAGAGUCAUCCUGAAGAAAAAGGAGCCUGGAAAGCGCUCCCAGCUUUGGCGAAUGACAGGAAGUGGAAUGCUGUGUCAUGAGGGCUCAUCACCUCCACAGAGCAAACCUUCUCAGCCUCGACCCCUCAGUUCUUCUUUGGUGCUUGAUAUUGCAGGACUGGCUGCAGUGACAGACAACAGCUAUGAGCCUCUGAUGUUGAGACGGCCAGACAGCCGCCGCAGCACCACCCAGACUUGGCACUUCAACUCUGGCAUGUUGACCUGUGGUUUACCCAGACUAGUUGUCCAGGUAAGCGGAGGAGUGUCUGGACUGUAUGAUGGUGCAGAGGUGGUACUGGGACCAGACUCUGGUAUUUUGGAAGCGACGCCUGAGCAACAGUUCAUCAACCAGAAAAUGCGACCUGGCUCGGGGGUUCUGUCAGUUCAGGUCCUUCCUGAUGGGCCCACGAGAGUAUUACAGAUCAGUGACUUCAAUCAGCGGCGCGUGAAUAGACCCUCUCCAAGCACAGAGGAAGACCCGAAUAAAGAGAUAGCUCAGACAAAAUUCCCAGAGGAGGAGCUUGAGGUGGUGGUGAACCUAGAGGAAGGAGUGGGCCUAUCACUGGUGAACAAGCUCCCUGAAGAGUUGGUGUUUGCCACCCUGUCUGGCAUUGAUGUACACUUUACCCGCACUGCCGCCAACCAAGUACUGGAACUUACAGUGAAAAACAUUCAGGUGGACAACCAGCUUCUGGGCACCACUCACCCUGUGCUACUAUGUGUGACUCCAGGCUCCUCUGAAAGUACUGCAUUGGAUUCAGGUCCUGCUCUGCAGGUCAACGCUGUGAAAGUGCCCAGCAGGCUUAUGCUCACAGACCUCUUUAAGCAUCUGAUGGUCACAGCUCGACGCUACACUGUAAUCAUAGAGGAGAAGCUCUUAAUGAAACUGCUGAUAUUCUUUGGCUACGGUCAGACAGAGGGAGAGAUGGAGAAGCUGGAUGAGAACAUCUAUGAGAAAGCCAGUGAAGAUCCAGGAACACCAAAGCGCUAUUAUUUUGAGAACUUGAAAAUCAGUCUCCCUCAGGUCAAGCUUAGUGUGUUCACCUCUCACAAGCUGCCCCAUGACCUUAAGGCCUUGAAGGGAACCCUUGGCUUCCCACUCAUUCGGUUUGAAGAUGCAAUCAUCAACAUGUACCCCUACACUCGAGUUCAUCCCUAUGAGACACAGGAGAUGGUCAUCAAUGAUAUUCUCAAGCACUUUAAAGAGGAGCUUAUCAGUCAGGCAGCUCAGAUCCUAGGCUCGGUGGACUUCCUGGGUAACCCCAUGGGCCUACUGAAUGACGUGACUGAGGGGAUGAACGAGCUCAUUAAGUAUGGCAACGUUGGAGGACUCAUCCGCAGUGUUACACAUGGCGUUUCCAACUCAGCUGCCAAGUUUGCAGGUACCCUAUCAGAUGGAUUAGGCAAGACAAUGGACAAUCGGCAUCAGACUGAACGAGAGUGCAUUCGCUAUCAUGGAGCCACUAGUGGAGAGCAUCUUGUGGCAGGGAUUCAUGGUCUUGCUCAUGGUAUAAUUGGCGGCCUGACCAGUGUGAUAACGUCAACAGUAGAGGGAGUGAAGACUGAAGGGGGUGUCAGUGGAUUUUUCUCCGGUCUGGGGAAGGGACUGGUUGGCACAGUGACCAAACCUGUUGCAGGAGCAUUGGAUUUUGCAUCAGAAACAGCACAAACUGUCAGAGACAUGGCCAGCGUAAACAACAGGCUAAGUGUACAGCGAGUAAGGAAGCCGCGCUGCUGUAAGGGCCCUCAGGGGCUGCUGCCUCGAUUCUCCUCCCUACAAGCAGAUGGACAAGAACAGCUCUUUCACUUAACUGACAAUAUCCACUCUGAAUAUUUUAUUGCAGUGGAGCCCAUAGACACCUACUGUGUGCUGAUCUCCUCCAAAGUGGUGUAUUUUCUCAAGCCUGGAGAAUUUGCGGAUCGAGAAGCAAUCUUUUUGGAGGUCAAAUAUGAUGAUCUCUAUCAUUGUCUGGUGUCCAAGGAUCACGGGAAAGUAUAUGUGCAACUUACUAAGAAAGCAGAAAGCACCAGUAGUGGGGUGGCCAUUCCAGGUCCAUCUCAUCAGAAACCAAUGGUCCAUGUGAAAAGCGAGAGCCUUGCCAUCAAGAUUUCGCAAGAAAUCAAUUAUGCCAAGAGCCUUUACUAUGAACAGCAGCUCAUGCUGCCUCCCAGUGAGAAUGAGGAUAGCUUAUUAUUAGACUCUUAACUACACUGACCUGCAGGGUAAAAAGUGUUACUUGCUCAUUUUUCAACAGCUACUUCCUUUUUUCUGUUUCUGUGAAAGGAUAGUAAUAAAUCAGCAGAGCGUAUUCGCCCACUUAGACCAGUAAACGGGACAUGCUCACAGCAUGUGGUUUGUUCAAUGAUGCAAACUAGCCUAGAGGGGCUGCUGAAAGCUCCAGCAAGCACAGAUUUAACUUGAAUAUGCAAGUAUUUUAAUUUCCUUGCAAACUUUAGAAGUGUAAUUAACUAUGUUUUACAAUUAGGUAAACAACUGCUGUUUGAUGCUAGAUGUACACAGCUAGUCUGACACUGUAUAUGUUUGUGUAUAGAAUCUCUAUGUACAUAUGUAGGGACACUCAUUGGACUUUCUGCCAUGUAAAUAGAUGUUAAGUUUAAUUAUAAGGUAUAAAAUGAAUCUAUGAUUGCUGUACAAACUGCCUUUAAAGAAAAGAUCAUUUGGUGAUUUAAAGAUUGGGUUAAAUUGCACUGAGACAAAUGUAAAGAACUUCAGCUGCUCUCACCAUGCACCGGUGAACCAACAUUCACACAAACACACAGAAAACACGUGUUGUGUAUAUACCGUCACAUUUUUCACCUCACCACAUGUAGCCCAUGCUCAAAAACAUCUGCCUGAUGUUUUUUCUUAUUUUAGUUUGUUUUUCCGUUUUUUUUCUCUAUUAAAUUUGAUGAAAGUAAUGAAAUUUAAAAUAUGAAAAAUGUGAUGUUUCACUGAUCUAUUUUCUCCUUUAUUCAGUUUUUAGGAGUUCAAGCUUAACAUCUGAAACACAUUGAACAUAUUUCAGCAAAUAAAACGAUGGUGUUCUGUAGUGCUUAACGUUUACGAUUCUCUCCUUUUUAUGGAUGUGCUCUUUCUGUGACAUCACCAUUGCUACUUUUACAUCAUAGAAGCUAUUUUAUUUUCUCAUUUCAAAGAUUUAUUUUUCUCACUGCUUAAAAAUUUCAGAAAAUCAAGUUAUUCUUUGAGUUGCUACAAGUUGUUACCAAAGAUCAGAUACCACUAAUGUUUUCGGUUUUAAAGAGUCACCUUCUUUGCAUAUGUGUACAUAAUUGUCUGUCAUAAAUAAUGUAGAUUUUUAACUCCAGUGACAGUGCCUCAGAGAACACUGGUCAGUAUAAUUUAGAGUUGUAUGAAUAAUACACCUAAUGUGUUUUCUAAGUUGUCUAUUACAGUAUUUAAUUAUUGGUAUAUGUUGUAUACAACUUUACUGUUGGUUUUCUCUAUAACUGCACAAAUAUGCAAAGUAAAUAUAGUGUGUACAUUUAUUUUGUUUUAAUAUGCAAAUGUAUAAAGCAUAAUAAUAAAAUAUAUGAAUUAACAGUA